AUGAUGAGAGAUACCGCCGAUGCAGUGAUUAUUGGCGGUGGUGUAAUGGGGUGCAGCCUGCUCUACCACUUGGCUCGCCGCGGAACUACCCGAACCCUGCUUUUGGAAAAAAAUGUGCUGGGGGCUGGGUCCACCGGUCGUUCCCAGGCCAUUUGCAGAAUGCACUACUCUAAUCCAGUUACUGCCUCCAUGGCCUGGAACAGUCUCCAGGUAUAUUCCAGCUUCGGGGAGCAGGUCGGAGGCGACUCCGGAUUCAUCAGGACAGGUUAUCUCGUGGUGGUGGAGGAUAUCGACCGUCCCAGCCUGGAAUUGAAUAUUGCGAUGCAGCAGGAACUAGGAAUAAAUGUGCGCCUUGUGAACGCGGCGGAACUGCGAGAGUUGGCCCCGAUGAUGCAGACCUACGAGGGAGAAGGGUUGGCAUGGGAGCCUGAUUCCGGAUACGCCAAUCCUUAUCUGGUUACUACUUCCUUCGCCACCAAGGCGAGGGAACUCGGAGCUGAGAUUGUAAUGCGUGCCGGUGCCACCGGGAUUGAAAUUGCCGGGGGCCGGGUGCAGGCCGUACACACGGAACAAGGUAGAGUGUCCACCCCAUUGGCAGUUGUGGCUGCCGGGCCCUGGUCCAACGAUUUGAUGGCCGGUACCGGUAUCGAAUUUCCCCUGGUCCCGGUACGCCACCAGGUAGCUCUUGCUACUCGUCCUGCCGACCGCCUUCCUCAUCAUCCUAUAGUUGGGGAUAUUGCCCAAUCGUUCUCCUUCCGGCCGGAGAGCCCCACCCUGACGAUGGUGGGCUUCGGCGAAGAUGAAGUUGAACUGGACAACUAUGACGAGGGCUUCGACCACUCCGACGCCGCCAGCGCCAUGACCAGGCUCAUUCGACGUAUGCCAGCGAUGAAGAUUCAUACUAUCGCGGUGCCGGGUAUUGACGGUCUCUACUGCAUGGUGGGGUUCAGUGGCCACGGCUUCAAACUCGCGCCUGCCAUAGGACAGUCCAUGGCGGAACUGGUCCUCGACGGGCAGGCUUCUUCAGUUGAUUUGGCGCCGCUGCGGUUCAGCCGAUUUGAGGAAGGAGACCUGAUAGAGUCCCGCUAUCGUUACCGGGUCUUGGCGUGA